AUGGCAAACACAAAGAUAUAUCAAGCCAGUACAACGGCUCCCGUUAAUAUCGCAGUAGUUAAAUACUGGGGAAAACGCGAUGCCAAACUAAACCUCCCAACUAACUCUUCCAUCUCCGUAACCCUCUCCCAAAACGACCUUCGCACUCAUACCACCGCCUCCUGCUCCCCCAUCUUCACCGAAGACUCCCUUCUCCUCAAUGGCUCUCCCCAAGACAUCUCCAACGCCCGUACGCAAGCCUGUUUCCGCGAGCUCCGCUCUUUACGAUCUGCUCUCGAAAAAACCGAUUCCUCCCUCCCCAAACUCUCCUCUUACUCCUUAAGAAUCAUUUCGGAGAAUAAUUUCCCCACCGCUGCAGGACUCGCUUCAUCCGCUGCUGGCUUCGCAGCGCUCGUUCGAGCUAUCGCGAAUCUUUAUGAAUUACAAUCUAACCCGACUGAACUAUCAAGAAUCGCGAGACAGGGCAGUGGUUCGGCUUGUCGUUCUUUGUUUGGGGGUUAUGUGGCUUGGGAAAUGGGAAGUCAGGAUGAUGGAUCGGAUUCCGUUGCUGUGGAAGUAGCGCCCGCUUCUCACUGGCCUACCAUGCGCGCUCUUAUCCUUGUGGUAUCGGCGGAGAAAAAGGGGGUCUCUAGUACCUCUGGUAUGCAAAUCACGGUAGCGACAUCGAAAUUGUUUAAACAGAGAGCGGAAAUUGUGGUUCCGGAACAUAUGAAGGAAAUGACGCGGGCGAUUAAGGAGAAAGAUUUUGAGGGAUUCGCUAAGGUUACGAUGAUGGAAAGUAAUAGUUUCCAUGCGACGUGCUUGGAUACUUUCCCGCCGAUUUUCUAUCUAAAUGAUGUCAGUAGGGCAGCGAUUAGAGCUGUGGAGGAUAUUAAUACGGCAGCUGGAAAGACGAUUGCCGCGUAUACUUUUGAUGCGGGUCCAAAUGCUGUCAUUUAUUUCGAGGAGGAGAACUUGGGUGCGGUAGCUGGCGCGUUAAAGAGUGUGCUUGAGGGUGUGGAUGGAUGGAAUGGAAAGGAGGUGGAGGGGAAGAGUGCAGAGCAUAUUGAUGAAAGAGCGCAAAAGGUCUUGAAGGAUGGUGUAAGUAGGGUUAUUUUGACUGGUGUGGGUGGGGGACCGGAGAUGACGGAGAAGCAUUUGAGUGCUUAA